GCAGCUCUACUAAAACCAGCUGUUCAGCGAAGCACCAAAUACCCAGUUUUGUUUAUUUUACGAGUUUUGUGUUUUUUGUUAAUUGUCAGGCAAAAAUGACUCUCGAUUUGGACGCGAAUAAGAAGGAUGACAAGCUGCUCAUCGCCACCAUCCAGCAGGAGUACAAAAUACUGGCAGAGUACAAAAUGAUCGAGUCAGAGAAAUUGAGUGGCACAUAUGUGAUACCUAGCUAUGCUAAUUCCUUGCAGUGGUUCGGGGUCUUCUUCGGACGGCAGGGCUUCUAUGCGGAAAGUGUCUUUCGCUUCUCCAUUUUACUGCCUGAUCGUUUUCCCGACGACAAAAGUCUUCCGGCCAUAAUAUUCCAGCAGGCUGUGCUGCAUCCCCUUGUGUGCCCGUACACCCACACCUUGGACGUGAGUCACGCCUUUCCGGAGUGGCGAUGCGGCGACGAUCACCUCUGGCAGCUUUUGAAGUACAUGCAGGCCAUUUUCUCCGAUCCCCUGGACAGUAUCCGUGGCAUCGAAGUGGACAAACUCAAGAACAGCGAGGCUGCUGAGCUGCUAAUGACGAACAAGGAGGAGUUUGCGGCCCGCGUCCUGGAAAACAUGAAGGAGAGCAAGGAGCACAUCUACGACACUCCGCCCACGGAGGAUCCGCACUACAUAGUGUUCGAGCAAUUUCAGCCAGACGUACAUGGACCCGUUCUGGAUCGCAUCAAGGCCGGGAGGUGCAAGCAGACGGAGCCCUCUUCGCAACAGGCGAACGGAGGCCACGCCACUGGUCUCUCCUGGGUGAAGGAGGGCGAGUUCAAGCCCCUCAGCAUUGAAUAAAAGCACUAUACUGGCUCUGUAAGUUAUCUACGUAGUACUAACGUUGUCUCAAAUUUAAUCCAUUAAAGUUACUCGAUUAUAAA